AUGGCGGAGGCAUUUGAGCGCUUCAAGCGCUUUGAAUACAGACAAAACAGUAACCUUGUGUUACAACGCGACCCCUACCUGACGGGAGCCCCAGGUGGGGCUCACCAGGGGGAGCCCACAGGCGAGCCUGAGACCCUUGCCGGGAGGAAGCUGUACCCGAUGGGUGACAAGGCAGAGCGUGGGCUAAAAAAGGAAGAAAAGGAGAAGAUUGGAAAGAGAAGGAACAAGAUGAAAGAGGGGGGACUCGCUAAAAGAAGCAAACUGGACAUUAAGAAGGGCGCAACAGUGCUUGAUGCAGACGUGACAGAGAACUUUUUCUACCGGCCGACCACUCGAAUCACCAACCAGAUCUACGAACAGAUGCUCGUGCUUCUACAGCAGCAGUUGGGAGACCAGCCAGACGAAGUCCUUCGUGGCGCCGCCGAUGAGGUGCUCCAGGUUUUAAAGGAGGACGGGCUAAAAGAGGGGGAGAGAAAGCGAGGUAUAGAAGGAGUUCUGGGGCCCAUUACCCAAGAAAGAUUCACGAAACUCUUUCAGCUUUCCAAAAGUAUCACGGACUUUAUGGGCGCAGAUCAAGACAGAGAUGAAGGAGCGGAACCUGACACGACGGCAGGAGUCGCGGUGGUGUUUGAUGAGGAAGAUGAGGCAGAGGAUGACUACGGCUAUUCGGAUAUGGAGGCCGAGGGUGAAGACGAUGACGAUGAAGAGACGGAAGAACAAGAAGAGAAAGAAAGGACAUAUUUAGCUGCCAAGAACCUUGAUGAGGAGGAGAUGGACAACGAAGAGUCGGCAUACUCUGUAGAUGUAUCGAAGAUUGAUCCUCACUGGCUCCAGCGCGAGCUGAACGCAGUCUUCUCUGACCCGAAUCAGGCUGUAGCGACAGAGAAAGAGAUCCUGUCUAUUCUUCCUAUCCCAGACAUUCAAGAAUGUGAAAACAAGUUGGUUCUGAUUUUGAAAUACGAAAACUUCGAACUCGCCAAAAAGAUCCUCAAAAACCGAUGGAAAUUGUUCUACUGCAUUCGGUUGGGGCAAGCGCAGACUACAGAAGAGAAGGAAGGUAUUCGGGAGGAGAUGAAAAAUACCCAAGAAGGACAAGAAGUCCUUGAGCUGCUCGAUGCACUCACCUCACGCCGCAAUAAAGAAAAAGAGGUCACUCUAAAUGUCCGGAAAGAGGCAGCAACGCUUGCCGCCAAGGCUCAGGCGCGUGACGCGUCGCUUCGAGCUGCAGAGGCCGACGACGACUCAAGUGCUUUGGGAGGAGGGGCCCAUGGCACGCCGGGAGGGCCCGGGGGCCCCAGUAGCCAAGCUGCCCAGCGGAAGCCCACUGGAUCUGUUGACUUGCAAAGCAUUGCGUUUCAACAGGGCAGCCAUUUAAUGGCGAAUGCAAAGGUCAAGCUACCAGAUGGAACUCAGAGAAUCGAGACGAAGGUCAGCUUCAAUCCACGUGCUGCUCCGAUACACGAGACACUGCCUGCGCACGAGUCAUAG